AUGAAUGAGGCCGAGGGCUCUUUCCCACUUAAUAGAUUCAUUCCUUCGUUACGGCGGUUGAGGGUACCUGCCGUUCAGAGAUGCUAUCAGAGUAGGAAAGUUAGCCAAGUUAUCCUGCCUAGUUUAGAUAAAGCACCCCUUAUCGCCCCACGGCAUCUGGGCGAGUGGGCUCUCACCUCCAAAGGACCCUUGCCUCCUGACCUUCCGUUGUUCUUGAAUCUCUUGGCUCGGUAUGCUUCUUUUGCAAUUCCGGUUCGGUUGAGGCCUUCGCUGCAAAAGAUCCCGGAAUUGGUGGAUUCGGAAUCGGCUGGAUUGGAGGAGAGAUUAGUGAGAGCUCUUGAUUUAAUGUACCGGGUACAAGAUCGAAAAGAAUGCUUUGCAUUCCAAGUGAAAUGCAAAAAGACUGAGAUUCCGGAAGGACGACGUACUAUGAUACUUUCUGUUUUGUCGAGCCCUGCUUUGGUCUCUGGUUUGAUGGUUGUACGUGCUAAAAAUCCGGUACAUUCCGUUUUGUUUCCCAUCCCAGUCUUUCGCAACACUGAGAAUCUUUUCCGGUUCGUAAGUUGUCUACCACUUUUUCGGAAAAUGCCAACACGCGCAAAAAUCCUUAUUUUUUGUAUUGGGAAAGUGUUCCUUUCUCUUAUUCUGGCGAGGGUAGCCGUUUCACUGGGAUAUGUCUUGAUGGAAGAAGACGACCUAUCCCGGGCAGUUUCUCAAUUCUAUCCCUCCACGUCCGGCGGAAUGUCUGGGGGGCCUGGUACACCUCCCGGACCUUCUGGGGAUCCUUUCUUUCCUUUGGCUUCACCCCACCUCAAUGAGCCCGGGGGAAACGACGAGGCUUCAGGCCACACUGUGGGCAAUUUAACAAGAUCGAGGCAAUUUCUUCGAGCGGAGGGCGCCGGACCUCAAAAUCCAAUGGGGAUGCCGGUGGGAGGCGCGGAAGCCGGCUUACGGGCCAGUCUCGACGCAGGGGAGCAGGAGGCGGCGGCCGAGGAAGACGCCCGACUGUAUCGGGCAGUCGAAGGUAUAAAUACCGCCUGCGACCAAGUGCAGGAGCGGAUUGUCCUAAAAACACGCACUCUAUUGGCGCGGAAGGGGAUCGCCCUAGAGGAUCCACAAGACGCGGGCAGUAAACUUGCAAGCCAAAGGUUUGAGUGCUUGAUGGCCACUCUCAUUUCUCCUCCUCUCUUUAAUCUUCUGCUUAUUUCUUCCACUUUUCUCUCAUUUUGUCCGAUUAAAAGCUAUGCUGUGGAAGGAAGAAAAGUCGUAGAAAGCCAUUAUCAUACCGUUGAAAUCAGUUCUCUAUUGCCUGCCUCAGUCUGCAGCCCCUCUACCAAAGGUCCCAGCAAGAGGCCAUCUACCUUGGAAGUUUUCCACAGGCAUGGUCCAUGUUCUAAACACAGCCAAGACAAGGCCACCCCAUCCCUCGAUGAGGUACUCUCCCAUGACGAGUCCCGGGUUGAAUCGAUCCAUUUUAAGAUCAAUCAGAAUGUAGACAAUGACAAAAUUGAGGAUAAGAAAGUGAUCAUUCCUGCCCAAUCUGGUCUAUCACUUGGCUCAGGAAAUUACUUUGUACGCCUUAGCCUUGGAACACCCAAGAAAUCCCUGUCCUUGGUUUUUGACACUGGAAGUGACCUAACAUGGACUCAAUGUCAACCUUGUGCUCGUUCUUGCUAUACACAAAAAGAUCCAAUUUUCAACCCUACUGAAUCGACCUCAUAUUUAAAUGUCUCUUGUAGUUCAACUCAAUGUUCCCAGCUCUCCUCGGCGACCGGAUACCCCCCAAGGUGCUUUAACCAAACAUGUGUGUAUACCAUAGAAUAUGGUGACCAAUCCUUCACCGUGGGAUUCCUUAGUCAAGACACAUUGACCAUAUCACAAUCAGAUGUAGUUCCAAACUUCUACUAUGGCUGUGGCCAAUACAACCAAGGCCUGUUUGGCAAAACGGCCGGCAUACUAGGCCUCGGCCAGGAUGCUCUCUCUAUUGUGUCCCAAACCAAGCAAAAAUAUGGAAAGUACUUCUCAUACUGUCUCCCAUCAUCAUCCUCCUCCUCAUCUGGAUACUUGACAUUUGGAAACAGUGGAGUUUCAAGCAAUGUGAAAUUUACCCCUUUUGCUAACUCGCAAGGUACAUCAUUCUAUUUCAUCAACAUUCUAGGAAUCAGCGUGGGCACGACUCAAUUGUCCAUUAGUCCAUCCGUGUUCAAGACUGCAGGUACGAUCAUAGACUCUGGUACAGUCAUAACUCGACUCCCCCCUGAUGCCUAUAGCGCUUUGAGGACCGAGUUCAAGAAAGGGAUGUCAAAGUAUCCAAGUGCACCGGCCUUCUCGAUAUUGGAUACAUGCUAUGAUCUUAGCAAUUAUACCACAAUAACCAUUCCAAAGAUUGGUUUUACUUUCGACGGCAAUGUGAAAGUGGAUGUAGUGGCUAUGGGAACACUUGUUGCUGUUGACUCGUCCCGCGUGUGUCUGGCUUUUGCAGGAAACAGUGAUGCCUCGGAUAUUGGCAUUCUCGGAAAUGUCCAACAGAGGACGAUAGAAGUGGUGUACGAUGUUGCCGGAGGGAAGCUAGGAUUUGGCCCCGGUGGAUGUUAA